AUGAAGUUUUCACUACUAGCCAUUGCUUCUGCUGCGUUUGCUGUCAAUGCUCAAGGGAAUAAAUCUGAAUCCAUGCCUAGAUGGGCCUUUAUCAAGGAACACCGUGAUGCUGGCAGAUUUGUUUUUAUGCCAUACACUGAUGAGCAACGAAACGUCGUGCUGACCAAUGUUGAAAAUAGUUUGAAAUUGUGGACCAACUAUGAAUCUAAAAUCAAAAACUAUGGUGAGCGUGCCGAUCCCUUCCCAAUUAUCAAGAAACUGCGUGCAAAACUGGAUGCAUCUAAUCUUACCGAUACUGAGAUGCAGACUGAACUCUUGAGUGCGUUUAUUCGCAUGCGUGACCUUCAUAGUCAUUUUGGGCCAUCUGGACCAUAUUCUUGUUUCAAUGCCAUGACUGGUCUUUCUUUUAGAUUUAUCGAGGGUAGUGCAUAUAGAACCAAGAAACCAACUGUUGUUUUUGACACUCACAUCGGCAAUAAAGGUUUGCGUGCUUUUUUUGGAAAGGACUAUGACCAAAUCAAAGCUGGCGACGAAUUACUACUUGUUGAUGGUAUGACGUUUACUGACUAUCGGAACUUGAACCAGGACAAAACAGGUGGUGCCAAUGAUUAUGGUGGUCAGUAUGGUGCUCUUGAUUACAUGACGUUUCGUCCUGGUUCCUUUACUCUUUUGCCAGAAACUGAUACGAUCAAAUAUCGGUUCAAAUCAAAAGACACUGGAAAAGUGUACGACAUUGAAGCUCCAUGGGUUGUUUAUUUUGAUCCAUCAUGCUGGAGUAUGACUAGUCAAUUGUAUGCCAAAAUUUCUGGAAAAACUCUACCUGGAACACCUCAGCCUGCCGACACGAACAGUAUAAUUGACACUGAUGCACCUGAUACCGGAGUCAAACGUCGGUUGAAGACUUGGGAAGAAAUCAGAACUCCAUCAAUGAUAUCCCAGUACCAUUAUAAAAAGCAAAAAAUUAAUCAGAUUUUACUUGAACAGCCAUCACAAAACCAUACUCUUGAGUACCAAAACGCCGGCGUGUCGACUAUCAGCUGGGCCAUCUGGAAACCCGAAUCCAAGAAUCUUGGUAUUAUUAGAUUGGAUGAUUUUGUACCAAAAAAUCUUAAAACUGGUGCACAAGCAGAUAUGGAGGGUGUUCGUGAAAUCCACAAACUUCUCAGUACUGUGCUCAAAGACACCAAUGCUGUUUUAAUUGAUCUCCGUAAAAACCUAGGUGGUAAUGGUAAUUUUGCCAAUGCCAUUCCACAACUUUUCAAACCUGAUUUUCAACCAAUGCUGAUAAGAUACUUGAUGAGUUCUGUCGCAUACAACACUCUGGUUAACGGCACAUCCUUUUUUGACACUUCUGGUCCAGCAUGGUACAAGACUCCACCUGGUAGCAAGUAUUCUAUUGAUCAUGACAGAAACUCGUUCGAUCAGUCAAACAUGUAUGGUCAAGCCUAUCUCAAACCUGUUGGUGCAUUCACUGAUGCUAUAUGCUACUCAGCAUGCGAUCUGUUUUCAGCGUCUUUUCAGUCGUCCGAAACUGGCCAUGUUUUUGGCGAAGAUGGAACAACUGGAGGUGGUGGUUCCGACAUAUUUUCGCUUGAUUCAACCUUACUUGCGCUCAAUCCCGUCGAUUUUAAGCCAAUGCCGUAUUACCAAGAACUGACCGACGAAACAACUGGUCGAAGCUAUACCAACGUUCUUUCAAUCGGAGUUCGACAACUUGUACGUAAUGGAAAAUAUCAAGGUCAACUGGUUGAAGAUACCGGUACCGUAUCCGAAUAUAUUGUACGUCCCCGUUUGACGGAUAUACUGCCUGGAUCCACUGAAAAUUCUCAAUUUGACCGUAUUGCCGAUCAGCUCAAAACACUGGGUGUCAGAACUGGACUGAACAAUCUUCACUUUGUUUCUGAACGUAUCAAUUACUACACCACUAGCAGUGACGUGACCAUUGAUGUAGAAGUCAAGGGAAUCAAUCAACUGUCAGUUAUUGAUGACACUGGCAAAUCACUUUCAGUUGCCAAGUUUAAAAGCAACAUAAAAAGUCAACACUCGUUCAAACUGACAUCUGUGAUCAACGAUCUUGGUAAUACUCGGGUCAGUAUCAUUGGCCAAAACAACGGCAAACAGGUUCUCAAAACGUACAAGCACAUUAGUCGCACUCCAAAACAACAAGACCAUUUUAAACUUGAGCGUGGUGUCAAAUGGGAGUUUAAUGGUACCAGUAAAUCGGUUGGAAUAUACAACUCGCCAUCUACCAAAAAGUCACAGGGAUGGAACUUGAUCAAUGGUAAAUGGAUUGUUGGCGAUGGAGUACAAUACAGUCCUGAAAUAACCACUGAGAUCCGAGCGUACCAUACUGCACCAGUUGGAUCCAAUAUCACUAUUGAAAUUGAUUCCAAACUUGAAUCACAACUUUAUAACGACUUUUUAAGCUUGUAUAUUGCAUAUGCGGAUGGAAGUGUGGAGUCGCUUCUGAAUACUCUUGACUCGGAUGGUAAUAUAAGUAUAUAUGGCAUUUCUGGCUCCGAAGCACUUGUGAAAAAGUUCCCAGUGACAACCAAGUCGGAGCUGUUUUUUGUCAAUCUCAUGUUCAAGUCAGAUCUUUCCAUACAGAUGAAAGGAGCAACAAUCAAUUCUUGGAGUGUUACCAUGAGUUGAAAUAGUUGUAAAUGUUGAAUGUAUUAUUUAUUGCACCAUCAGAUCAUGUUUGAAUAAAUACAAUGUUUGCAUAACUAUCCUAUACA